UGAGGAUGGCCGUCCAGUCCUCGGGGUGUGGACAUUUCUGAGCCUGCUUCCUAGCUGCGGGUAGUGAGUCAAGCCUCUGCCAAUGGCCACAGAGUAAGCUGUAGGUGUGCAGUGUCCUGGAUUACUGGUAUGUGCCCAGUGGCUGAUGACUUCGCAUACUGAAGGCUGUGUGCACACGGAGGGAGGACGCUGCUGACACAGGCUUUUUUCAAUCUUGGGGAAAGUGAGAAACAGGGACAUUUGGAUAAGAUUUUGACUUCUUGGGAGUGACUUCAGUUUCAUGUUCUCUCUGCAAACUUCAUGGAUCCUGAGAUCUCCAUCUUGUACUGCAGUCCUACACCUCUGGGCAUUCCUCAACGGAAAGUUCACGUUCAGCUCUCUCCACUGUAUCAGCGAUGUCGUCUUCCACCCCAAUUAGAAGAACGGAUCCUCUUGGACUGGGAAGAACGUCAGCGAAAACAACCAUGGGUAUUUAAUGGAGCAAAAUUCAGGCUUCAUUCAGUCUUGCCUGAAGGAGAUGUUGGAACAACAGAUAAACUCGCAGCUGAGCAGAAUAAGGAGAAGGGAAAUAAAGAAAGCACCAAGAGUGAUGGUGGAGAGGAGAGAGGAGAAAAUGAAACUACCCUGGAUGAAGGUGGGGGGCUUACCCUACAUCUGGCGCUAACAUGUUACAGAGACUUCCUGGGAACCAACUGGUCAGGAGAAGCACAUGCCCUACAGGAAAGGGGAGGACAAGAGUUUGGGGACACUCAGGCCUAUCUGGCACAACCACUUGGUGUAGGAGCUGCUUUGCAAUGUAAAGAUGGACGCUUUGUCAUACUGAGAAGAAGCCAUAGAGUGGGAGAGGCACCAGGUCUGCUCGAUGUACCAGGAGGACACCCUGAACCUAAGGUGGUUGCUCCCAAUGUUCCAGAGGAAGAGCUGAGUUUGGAAGUGUUAAAACCAGAACUAGUCAUUAGAGAGCUGUUUUCAUCCAUUCUGGCUGAGAUACGGGAUGAGGUUAAUUUGCCCCUGUCUACCCUUAGCGAACCUCUUCUCUUGGGCAUUGCUUGUAAUCACACCAGCGCAGGACGACCUAGUGCUGAAUUUUAUGUCAAAUGUAGUCUGACCUCAGAAGAUGUGAAGGAGAGGUACUUGCAGGGGGGCCCAGAAGCACACGAAUCGACAGAAAUUAUUUUUCUUGAAAAAGAGGAUUUACUGACCAUUGAAAACUCAGAAAUGUGGAAAGAGUUGUGUCCUUCAGCAAAAGGUUGUGUGAAACUGUACCUCAUGGUGCAAGAGCAAAAGUCCUAAGAGUGGACACUGAUCGCACUGUUCUGUUUGACAUAAGGAAUAGCAGAACUUCCUUUUAUGUCAGAAGUAUGUUUACACCUAGGAUUUCCAUGUGUUAGAUAAAGAAGCACAUGUACACUUUUAUGUAGCUUGUAGCAUAUUUACUGUUUUGUAAUAAAGCAGUUUUUCAGUAUAGUGAAUGUAUAUUUUUUAAGGGAUUACCUCCUUUCUUUCCUGAGUCUACAACAAUUUCAGGCUACUUUCACACUUGCAUUGUUGUUUUCCGGUAUUGAGAUCCAGCAGAGCAAAAAAUAUUUCCAUUUAGGCCUCUUUCACACUUGCGUUCUUU